GUCACAGAUACCAUAAAACGCAGGAGACACGAACAGAGCAGCUUUACCAGCCGUAGGAGUCAUGAGUUCAGCUCUGUAUCUGGUCCUGCUUUUCUCAGCUCUGUGGACGCUCUCCUUCUGUGGAACUCGUCAGUUUCAUGUGGUGAAUGUAAAUAAGAAAUGGACCGACGCUCAGAAAUACUGCAGAGAGACAUUCACUGACCUGGCCACCUUUGAGAACCAACAGGAAACGAACGCUGUAUUAUCUCUUCUCAGUGGAAUAUCAGGCCUUUUCUGGAUAGGACUGAGACAGAAAGCUCAACAGAGCACUGCUAUCUGGAUCUGGUCAGAUGGGAGUAACUCCUCUUACAGAUACUGGAACAAUGGAGAGCCAAACGGUGGUUUGGGUGACUACUGUGUGGAAUUAUCACAUUACUCUGCAUAUAACCCUGCGUACAGAUGGUAUGAUUCUGAGUGCAGUUGGCUAAGAUCAUUUGUCUGCUAUAAAGACCUUCCGCUCAUCCUGAUUAAUCAGCCCAAGACGUGGAGAGAAGCUCUGAGAUACUGCAGAGACAAUCAUGAGGAUCUGGUUUCUGUUCACACUGAGGAAAUCCAGCACUGGGUGGAAACAGCUGUUUAUUAUGCCUCCACUGCCAAUGUGUGGAUGGGACUGCGUCACACCUGUGCUCGGAGCUUCUGGUUCUGGCUGAGUGGAUCGACUAUCUGCUACAAGAACUGGGCUCCCGGGAACAGGACAAGGGUGGAAGACUGCAGUGGAGGAGAAAGAUCAGGAGCGGUGCAGUCUGGGAGUAAGAAGUGGGUCAGUCUGCCAGAGGAUCAGAGACUCAACUUCAUCUGCACCACCUCUGAGGAGCUUUAGAUGAGGAUUCAGCCAACCACUGUUGAAGCUGGAUCUACAUACUGUCCUUCAUAGUAGUGUGCCUUUCAUUUCUUUUCAAUCUCAUUAUGUUUUUUUUGUUGUUUAUAAUAUGUCAGUACAUUUAUUAAAUCUACAAUAAUCCAUAAGAACACUGGCUACCUGUGACUGUAUGAGAUGCUCCUCUAAGUAACCACAUUUACAGCAUUGGGAAGCCACUCUUAUUCACGGCGACUUGCAAUUUGUAUAACUGUUACACAGGCAGGCGGAUGUAGUGUUAAAAGUCUUACACCAGGACUCUUACUGGUAUAGGUUGCCCACUACACUAUAGCGACUACUAGGUGAAUUUGUUUAUUAAAAGGAGUGCCUGCGUACUAUUGGAUGCAUAAUGUAUACAUGUUGAAAGUGUCAGUAAUACUGUACCUGUCUAGAUUGUACCUUUUAAUUCUUCUUGACUAGACUUAAAAAUAAAUAAAUAAACUGUGUUGAAGACUCUACACACCUGUUGAACUGUAA